AUGAAAUCAACACAAUCAUCAAGCACAAGCAUGGAUGAGGAAUUGUUUGAUAGAAAUCAAUUGGCGAAUAUGCCUUCUUCUUCCUCACGACCGACGACCGCAACAACAAUAUUUGCUCAUACUCUAUCAACAUCCCAACAACCACAACAACAGCAAAUGAUCCAUCCUCUCUCUUCCUCCUUUCAACAAUCCCAACAACAACAACACUUACAACCAAUCAAUCUCCCAAGUAAUAAUAGCGUUCUCAACCAUCCAAACAUCUCAUCGGUAUUGCAACAGCAUGGGACACAUCAACAACAGCAGCAACAACAAUCCUCCAAAGCUUUUUCUCCUCUCUCGCCAUCCCGAAGGAAUUUGCAACCACAACUUUUUGUGAGUGGCAUUCAUGAUAGUUUGAACAGCAAUGAUAACGAUCUGACUGAAUUUGAAAUGAAGCAAAUUUCUGCUUCGUCAAAACAAGUUGCAACACUAUUGCCACCGAAAAUAGCAUCUCCAUCAAACUUUGAUCAAGCGACCACUAAUGUUUAUAGUCAUCAUCAACGUGCUUUGGAGAAUAUUACGUACGGACCAAUAAUUGCUAAACCACAAACGAUCAAUAAUAUUCAACAACCUUCCAUUUAUCAACAACAACAACUUCCUUUAAGAGAUGACAAUUCCGAGACGUAUAAUUUGCAAACAAUUUCUGACAGUACCGCAUCUAUAGCAUCGUCACAAGGAGAAACCUUUUCGUUCUUUGAAAACAGUUUUAUAAUGCCACCUGACACAAUAACGCUCGAGGGAAAAAACUUAAAUGACGAGCUUCUGAUGCGUCAAGUAACUUUUCCGUUAGAUCGAGAAGUGAUUUGUUCAAUACAAAGCCAAAUGCACAUCUCUCUUCAUGGCUAUGCUCUCGAAAAAUCCAAGCAGGUUGAAGAAAAAGAAAUUCAUACAUCUCCACAAUGUCUACGACUAUUGACCAACAUUCGAGAACUCAACCUUUCAGAUAAUCAUUUGUACCGAUUUCCAUUUAAUUUACUCUUUCUUUCACUACCACCUCUACUUGCUCCCUUUGCUCAUCACCAAACGCCUAACCGAAAGACUUGUGAUAAUAAUUAUGUUCUACCAAACAUCACAAAAUUGGAUAUUUCAAGAAAUACUUUAAAAGUGUCCAGAAUUGAAUCCAUAAUUAAGAAACAAAAAAAUUUUGAGAAAUUAUUGGAUAAGGAACGACGAGAUUACCUUAAAAGUGAAAAUGCAUCCCCACAACGAAAAGUGUCACUUUCUUUAUUCAAAAAUAACCAAGAUCAAAAAGACUCAAACAAUCCAACCCAGGAUGACGACCACAAAGCAUACAGGUACGACAGUCUCAGAGAGUUAAAGAUGAGCUUCAACCAACUCAAAAUUUAUCCUCUAUUUGUUCAUGCGUUUUUUCCAAAAUUACAAAAGUUGGAUCUAAGCUUCAAUCAUCUGAAUUCUGAAAGUAUCGAAGUUUCAGAAAAGAGAAAUUCCAACAGUUUACAAACCAUGUUUGAAAAAGACAAAAACGAUUCCAGCAAUAGAGGUUUGGGCAUCAAAAAGAAGCUAAAUUUUUUCUCCAGGAAGACCCAGCAUUCACACAAUGUAGAUAUAUCAUCUCUUCAAGCAGCCUCAGCGCCAAUGGACAUAUCCGAACAUAGUCCAACAACACUCAACGAUCCGCAUGUCUGGUCGCCGAGCCAAAGCACCAGUCCUGACGAAAAGGUGUUUUCUUUAAAACAUUCAAAUCCUUACAAUACUAACGUACGGUAUUUUGAGGCAGGAGUUGCAGAUCCCUCACUUUCAGAACUGGAUCUUUCAAGUAAUUUGUUUAAAACGUUCCCACUCACUCUUAAAUUAAGAAAUCUCAGAAUUUUAAAGUUAAACAAGAACGUACAAAUGAACCCAAUGGCAGACAAAUCUGCAGCCCAUCAUCAAGAUGUUUCGAAAAAAGAAUUUAAAAGCAUGUUAUCAGAACAUGCUGAAAAAGGAUUUGAUUUUGAAGCAGACUUAUCAAGAGUCUGUAGAGACAAUUUACCGAAUUUGGAGCAUGUAGAGAUGGUGGAUUGCAAACUAGUGACUUUUCCUUCCAAUAUAAUUAGCAUUGACAGUCUACGAACGUUCAUUUUUGAUCGCAAUCCAUUUGGUGCUGGAAGCGUUCAGCAUAGAAAUCAACAAAUUGUACAAAAGGUGAUCAUGUUGUCAAAGAACGAGAAGGAAAAGUUUUCUGAGGAUCAAGAAAUUGAUGACUCGCUUCUUCGCGGUUUCCCAGACCUUUACAAUUUUAGACACAAGUUUAACAUUACAAAGUUAUCAGUCAACCACUGUAGGUUAAAUUUAGAUCAAGAUUUACCUCGAAUUUUGAAAACCUUACCGAAACUCAAGUGCUUAAAGGCUGGCAAUAACUUAAUUAAGGGGAAAAUUGAUACAUGUAAUUUUGAAGUAUUCCACAAUAUUGAAGAUUUAGAUUUGUCCAACAACUUUUUACAGGGUUUUAAUUUUAAGGUUUUUCCCAACUUGAGAAUAGUGAACUUGGAAAAUAACAAAAUUCAAGAUGAUUUGGUUUGGGUGCCUUCAACGUUGACAUAUUUUAAUGUACAGAACAACAUGUUUAGCGGAGAUUUGGAAAAAGUAUUGGUGUUUGGAGAACAAAACUCUUCAUCUCCACAUUCAUAUUGUCAAGCUUUGGAAGAGCUGAUUGUUUCGAGUAAUAACUUUACCUCCAUCCCUUUCAUUGAUUGCUUCCCCACCCUACGAACUUACAAAGUAUCGAAUAAUGCCCGAAGCAUUUCUCAUUUUCCACUUUCAAGCAGCAAUACCAUCGAUUUGCCUCAUCUUGAAACGGUGGAGAUUGCUAAUCAUGGAAUCAUGGAGGUCCCAGCUAGCUUCUUUACUCGGUGUGCAAAUAUCACAUGUUUAGACUUGUCAAGUAACUUUAUCAGAAAGAUUCCGGACGAAUUGGGACAACUUUCUAAACUUACACAUCUCUAUCUGAAAUACAACGAAAUUGUAGACUUGGAUGACAAUGUCAUCAUGAAUUUGACCUCAUUGAAAUAUUUAGAGGCUAAACAAAAUUCCAAACAAUUAUCUGAGCAUAUUGAAACAGACACACCAUUAAGAAAAUGGCUUCUUGAAAAGCAAGUGGAUAUUUCUGAGAAUAGUUUCAAGGUACCUGAUAUGGUUGAAGAAAACCUUUAUUUAGGAUGUAAGCAAGCGUCGUCACACUAUUCUACUAUCAAAAAUCUUGGAAUUACUCAUAUUCUUACCAUUGCAAGCGAGUUUAAUCCAAGAUUUCAUGACAGAUCUUAUGAAAAAGUCCCUGAUAUAGGAUCAGACGAAAAUUCAUACAUUGAAGCCAGUCACAUGUUUGUCACAAAGCAUGUCAAAAUGAAGGAAACUCAAAAUACUGAUCUGAUUGGAACAUUCAAUGAGUGUUUACCAUUUAUUGAAGAGGCACUCGAUCAAUCAAAGGGGAAAAGAAAAUUGUUGAUUCACUGUCAUGUUGGAAUCAAUAGGAGUGCCAGUAUUGUCAUCAUGUAUCUGAUGAAAAAGAAUUCAUGGACAUUGUCAGAAAGUUUAAAAUAUGUCAGAGAGAAGCGAUCGCUGGUGAUGCCAAUGCCAGAAUUUGUGAAACAACUUAAACAGUACAACCUCGCUCUAAAGAAGGAAAGGAAACAGUUGCAGCUUGCAACAUCGUCAAAUCAGUCCACUCUCACUUCAACGGUGGUAUCGCCUCUACUCGACAAUGAAGAAAAUUUAGAAUGA